GAGAGCAAGCGAAAGCUGCCGUUCCGGCCUUCGCCUCAAUUGGUCCAUUGGCACAGUAUUUCAGUUUUUAUUGCGCAUGUCGAGGCGUUUUGUCCCUCGGCGGACACCGUUUCCCAGCCAAGCAAUGUCUGCGCCUUCACCGAUUUCGUAGCGUGCAGAGUUCUAUCCUUUCCCCGACGCUAGGCAUGGCGAGCCGAAGGGCCCGGCAGCGCCUCAAAGGCGGCGGCGGCGGCGGCGGCGGCGGCGGGGGGGAUGCGGGCCCGGCGGCGGAGAAACUGGGAGAGCUGCUGGGCAGCCGGGAGGCAGGCGCGGAGCCGCGGCCAGAAUCUGGAAAUAAAGCCGGGCAAGUCUGGGCCCCUGAAGGAUCCACUGCUUUCAAGUGUCUGCUCUCAGCAAGGUUGUGCGCAGCCCUUCUGAGCAACAUCUCGGACUGUGAUGAAACAUUCAACUACUGGGAACCAACACACUACCUCAUCUACGGGAAGGGGUUCCAGACGUGGGAAUAUUCCCCUGUGUACGCCAUCCGCUCGUAUGCUUACCUGCUGCUGCACGCCUGGCCAGCUGCAUUUCAUGCACGGAUUCUGCAGACUAACAAGAUUCUUGUAUUCUACUUUUUGAGAUGUCUCCUGGCUUUUGUGAGCUGUGUUUGUGAACUUUACUUUUAUAAGGCUGUGUGCAAGAAGUUUGGGCUGCAUGUGAGUCGAAUGAUGCUGGCCUUCCUGGUGCUCAGCACGGGCAUGUUCUGCUCAUCAUCUGCGUUCCUCCCCAGCAGCUUCUGCAUGUACACCACGCUGAUCGCCAUGACUGGAUGGUAUAUGGACAAGACACCCAUUGCUGUGCUGGGAGUAGCAGCUGGGGCCAUCUUAGGGUGGCCGUUUAGUGCAGCUCUUGGUUUACCCAUCGCCUUCGACUUGCUGGCCAGGAAGCACAGGUGGAAGAGUUUCCUCCUCUGGUCCCUGGUGGCCCUGGUUCUCUUCUUGGUGCCCGUGGUGGUCAUUGACAGCUACUAUUAUGGGAAGUUGGUGAUUGCCCCUCUCAACAUUGUUUUGUAUAAUGUCUUUACUUCUCAUGGACCUGAUCUUUAUGGUACAGAGCCAUGGUAUUUCUAUUUAAUCAAUGGAUUUCUGAACUUCAAUGUUGCCUUUGCUUUGGCUCUUCUGGUUUUGCCACUGACUUUCCUUAUGGAGUACCUGCUGCAGAGAUUCCAUGUUCAGAAUUUAGGACACCCGUAUUGGCUGACCUUGGCGCCAAUGUAUAUUUGGUUUAUAAUUUUCUUCAUCCAGCCUCACAAGGAAGAGCGCUUUCUCUUCCCAGUCUACCCACUCGUAUGUCUCUGCGGCGCCGUUGCUCUCUCUGCACUUCAGAAAUGUUACCACUUUGUGUUUCAACGAUACCGCCUAGAGCAUUACACGGUGACGUCCAGCUGGCUGGCGCUGGGCACAGUUUUCCUGUUUGGGCUCUUGUCGUUCUCCCGCUCUGUGGCUCUGUUCAGAGGUAGGUGUGCCGGGAGGGCCUUCACCCACACUCACCAAGAGUUUCGCUGUUGGGUUCACUUGUGGCGUGUGGCUGGCUUAUGCUGGGAAAAGACUGCUCCCAAAGGGAAGUCAUGUGACUUGAUCGUGAGUCCACCAUGUGUUCUUUUCAUUCUUCUUGCUUGUGUCUCUGACAGUUGGCAGCUUCAGUUCAUUCCGUCAGAGUUCAGAGGUCAGCUACCAAAGCCUUUCGCAGAGGGACCACUGGCCACCAGAACUGUUCCCACUCACAUGAAUGACCAGAACCGAGAGGAGCCUUCCAGAUACAUUGACAUCAGCAAAUGCCAUUACUUAGUGGAUUUGGAUACCAUGAGAGAAACACCUCGGGAGCCAAACUACCCAUCCCACAGAGAAGAGUGGGUCAGCCUGGCCCAUAGACCAUUCCUGGAUGCGUCUAGGUCUUCCAAGUUGCUUCGGGCGUUCUAUGUUCCCUUCCUGUCAGAUCAGUACACGGUGUAUGUGAACUACACCAUCCUGAAGCCUCGGAAAGCAAAGCCGAGCAGGAAGAAAAGUGGAGGUUAGCACAUGCCCGUGACUCCAGAGGACAGCUUGUGCUAACUAGGGCUUCCACGGAGCGGACUUCCUCCAAGGCAUCCUGUUAAAGCUGUAAUAAAAGUCGUCCACCAAGAAUGCCAGAUUCUGGUGCUCUGAGCUCGUCAUGGUCUAUGUCAAAGUCUAGUCAAAGUCACACACUUCCUGCUCCUGGGUGUGUUCUGCAUGUGAGCUGUCUGCAGAUAGGCAGAGUCCUAACUCCUGGGGAGGUCCAGUGCUCAACUCCUCCUUGUUCUCCAUGUAGGUACUCACAAGAGGGAGAAGAGCAGAAUGUACUUGCAGGAACUGCGAGAGGCCCUGACUCGGUGUGUGCUAGCCUUCUCCACUCCCUGGCCUGGCACCUGAGAACCACCAAGCCUCCCUUAGACUACAUGGUUUCUCUCUCAGAGCUGUUUGGCAGCUCCUAGCAGGCCUUGUUCUCAUCCUACUGCUGGAAAGCAGCUCAGCCUAGUUGCCAACCGGAUAUGGCCUUUUACCGGCAGCAAGACUCAGCUUCUAAGUGUUCCCAGGACUGACACCCUGUCCUGAAGCUCAGGAAAAAGGCAACCACUGAAAAACUGUGACCUAAUCAUAUUAUUUAUGAUGCCUCUAAUUUUCCUUUUAUUUUCUUUAAAACUGGUCUUAAUUAUAUGGCUUUUUGGGAAGUGUUUUAAGAUUUUUUUUUAAUGUUUCAGUCUGCUUUAUUGAAUUCUAGACUCUGUACAAAGACGAUAACUAGGGUGUCUUUGGAGAAAAAGGUGUAUCAAUAGAUUUGGGUGACAACACAUUUUAAAGUAGUUUGAGGCCAUUUUGGGGAAAUUAAGAAUUCCUUUUCGUAAAAUGAUA